AUGGCAGCGACAAGUCCGCCGACCGAGCUGCAGCCUGCCGUGAUACCGACGCAGCGGCCGGCCCUCGGACACCUCCGGUCUUUUUCAGCAGCCCUCGGGAAACGUCCGGAUUUGGGAGGCAACGCCUUUGUGGCGCAGACGUCCGCACGAUCCCAUCACAGCCCCCCCUUUCCUCUUCGCUCGACCUGGAACAUACCGGGCCAGGGUAAUGGGCCCCAUGCGGCACUCCACCAGAACCUUGCGCUCCGGUUAUCAGCUCGCAAUUCAUACCGUGGACGCAUUGGCCGCUCUGACGAACGCACGUUCCCUGCGUGGGACAUCCGCUAUCAGAACAUCUUUGCUGGCAAGAUGAUGCGGAACAGAGUAUCAUUGCAUUCCGUCCUACAGGUCCCGUGGAAGUCUCCGAGCACAGGGAGCCUAGGUCCAACGAUAGAUGCCUGUCUUCCCAAACAUCCGCCGUGGAUACCGCCGUCUUCGCUCCCAAAAAUCAAUCAAGACUUUGGACGUGAUUGCUUACUCGUCAUGAGACCCAGAAUCAGUCAACUGCCAUAA